UGUCUUGCUCUCUCCACAGCUCUACUUAUACAGCUCAAGAAAGCAUGUAGCUCCAUAGCCUCUCAAUUCUCAGUCUUCUGUUUCUUCUUCUGUCCCACAUCUCAUCUCCCUCUCGCUUAUUUCAGCCUUGCAUAGGAUCGAAGUUCUUAAGAAAUUUCGUGCUACCUUGGGAAACUCGAGCUUCUUCAAACUCAAAUUCAUCUUUCUUCCAUAAAGUUCCCUAUUCUCUCAAUCUACAAGCCAUUCCCUUUUUCCUGUAUUCUUUUUUCCUUUUUGGUCCUGAGUUCUCGGGUGUUGUGUCCUUUUCAUGCUCUUUCUGGUGGUACCGUGCUUCCUACCCUAGCUUUUCAAGUCUCUGCAAGCAGAUUUUUUCCUUUGGGUCUUUUUCAUUUUCGCUUUUUUCUCUGUGUGAAGGAAAAGUUUCCUAUGAACUGAAACAGAAACUCCAUGGCUAUGGUUACAUUGACAUCUGGGUGCAACAACUUCUCGCAUAGUGAUAAUCACCUUCGUGAUGUCUCCUUUUCUUCUUACGUAAAUGGCACUGAUGAACCCUUUGUACUUAAACUUGCUGAGUCAAAUGGAAGUCUCAGUACCGUCACCACUUCCCCACAGGAGCGUCUUUACUUGGGACGAAAGAAGGCGGAAGAUGGAGAGAUCGGUGUCUUUGGUGCGGAGAAAUACUUUAAUGGAGGAAUGGAUGAAGAGAAGCCAAGCAUUGCCAACAAGAUUCGAGGAAUGAAUGAGACGCCAAGACUUGCCAACAAGAAUGGAGGAACAAAUGAGGAGAAGUCAUUAACUGCCAGCAAGAGUGCAAGGAGGUGCCAACAUCAGAACGAGGAAGGGGUUGGUUUUGAAGCUAUCAAACCAAAAAUUCAGCCAGGAACUCCAAGCAUGAUUUCAGAAUCAAGUUUUAUGCGUUCAGAAUCAAGCUGGGAUAGUCAAAGCGCGUUGCUGACAAGUGUUCCGAGAAACCCACCUCGGAAUAAGACAAAGAUGACACCAGGAAAAAGUUUGCUGGCCAGUCUAUGUUCCAAAUGCUCUUGUUCUGAUAAGAACUCUGUAGAAACUGAUGAAUAUGUUGGUGAAAACAGGCCCAACAAAGGUGCUAGCUGUGGAGGAGUUGAUGGUGAAGCAAUCACAAAAGAACCCAUUAAAACUGGCCAGGAACUAAUUGAUCUAGUUCAAAUUAACAAACAAAGGUCAGAAUCCUGGGGCAAGGAGGCGAUGCAGCACAAGAAAUUCAAUGAGUUGGGAAUUGGGCUGCACAGAGAAAACUGUUUUACGCUCCCAGUUGCAAAAUCCGGAGCAGGAAAUCUGGCAGUUAAAUUACAGUUAGGAGAAGGGGAAGGGAGGAAGCCCCGGAAGUCCUUAGAGAUAUUUGGGUCCCCUAUACUGCAAAAGGGACACAAGUCUUUAAGCCUUGAGAGAAGGUUAACCAUGUUGAGUUGGGAAGCUACUCCAAGAGUAGAGGAACCUGGAAUCAACAAUGAUACCGAGAGUGAUGCAAGUUCAGACUUGUUUGAGAUAGAGAGCCUCUCCAGCAGAGUGGCCCCAUUUUUAGCACGCCAAGAAUCAGAUGGCAUGUCUGGCUGCAUCACUCCCACAACUUGUUAUGCACCAAGCGAAGCAAGCAUAGAGUGGAGUGUCGUUACGGCCAGUGUUGCAGAUUACUCGGUGAUGUCAGACAGUGAUGAGCAAAGGCCACCGUCGAUCACAUCCAGUAAACCAGUUUUUACAAGUAUUACACCUACCAAAACUGCAAGCAAAGAGGUAAAGAGGCGUCCUCCAAGCAUUCUGUCCGGCUGCAAGAAUGACAAGGCUGUGAGAGUUGCAGGAGAUGCCUACAUGACAAAUGAUAAGGCAAUUUCUGAUCCAAGAGGGCGUCACAGGUCUUCAGCGUUCGUCCCAAUGCCUACGACAAGGUUUGAAGCAGAGACUACACUGACCGGGUUUGGCUCCGGAAGCUCAUUCUCCCGCUCACACUCGCAACAUGCUUCGCAUCUUUUAUACAUCUAGUGAUAACAGAUUUUCAUAAGUGUGUCUAGUAAAUCUGCUUUCAUAUUUUGUAUUGUAGUACGACAAAUAAUGUUUUGUAAUACCAUGAAUUUAAUAAAAUCGUCUUAAGAGCCUCUCUUAAUAUGAACACCGAAUGUGUGUUAUU